CGUGAAAAAUGACGUCGGCGGGCGAAUAGGAAGUGCUGAUCCUCACGGUGUAGACAAGUAGUCGGAGAGAGCAACUGGGAGUUCGCAGGGUCUUAAAAUGUAAUGUGAUUAUCCAGCAAUCAUGGCUACACCACCAAUGAGUGGCGCGGGGGUGCCUUCUGGAACCUUCCCUGUGCAGCAAGCAGCUCGUGAGGUCAAUACAGCCUCCCUGUGCCGCAUCGGUCAGGAGACCGUUCAGGACAUCGUUUUCAGGACCAUGGAAAUCUUUCAGCUGCUCAGAAACAUGCAGCUGCCCAAUGGUGUAACUUAUCAUUCAAGUACACAUCAGGAUCGCCUGGGAAAACUUCAAGAACACCUACGGCAAUUAUCAGUCCUGUUUAGAAAGCUCAGACUGGUGUAUGACAAGUGCAAUGAGAACUGUGCUGGCUUGGAUCCUGUUUCUACAGACCAAUUGAUACCCUAUAUAGAAGAAGAUGGCUCCAAACAUGACGAUCGGACUACUAGCCAGUUUCGAUUGGCAAGUGAUGAGCGGCGGGAAGUUUUGGAAGUAAAUAAGAAGUUGAAACAAAAGAACCAACAGCUGAAGCAAAUAAUGGAUCAGCUCCGGAAUCUCAUUUGGGAAAUAAAUUCAAUGUUGGCAAUGAGGAGCUAAACUCGAUGCCCCCGUGUGAUCCAAGAGAGGGCAUCUGCUGUGCUGCGGAUUGUGUGUGUGCGUGUGCGCGCGCGCAUGUGGAGCCAGCUGGGGGCGCUCUCUGGAUGGAUGCUAAGACUUCAUCUCUCUUCCUCUUCAUUAACCCUUUGUGUUAACGUUUUGCUUCAUUUUUUUAGCCUGGCCUGGCCUGUGGUAUCUGCAACAAGUGAAAGAAAAAUCUUUGACCACCUUAAACAAAAAAAAAACAAAAA